AUGCUCCAACAGAAGGCCCAAGUUAUCUUCCAAGCUAGGAGCCCAAUUUCUGGCCCCUUCAACUACGAGAAUGCAUGGAGGAUGCUCCGAAUCAACCGGAGGUUCAAGUCCAUGUACCUUGAGGGCGACGUCCAUUUUUCCAAGAGGACGAAGACGUUGGAGACGGGCGACUUCACCACCUCGGCGUCGGGCGAGGAGAUCAUGUCUUUCCGGCCAAUUGGAAACAAGGCGGCGGCGAGAGCGGCGAAGGGGAAGGCAUCGCAAAGCUCGGAGUCUCCACCGGAAUUCAAGGAGAUGUUGGAUAGGUCGAACGACAAGCUGGAAAAAAUGAUGGGCCACUAUACUAAGAAGAACGAGCUGAAGAAGGAGAUCCACGACGAUCAGAUCUUAUUCAUAAAGACAGAUGGCAUGGAUCCAGAAACCCUCGAAAUCCACAAGGCUCGGGUGGCGAAGAUCGUAGCUAGGUUGAAAGAGCAAUGA